AUUUUUUUNAAAAAANUAAUACUGUGAAUAAUUUUUAUCACAAUUUUAAUUGCAGUCUCUUCUAACUCAUGAUUCGUAUUUUGGUUAUCAAUAGAAAUAAAUUUAAUAAGAUUUAUCCCAAUUAUAAAUAAUAAUACAAUUAAAAAUUGUUAUUCAAUAGUAAUUUAUUUUAUUAUUCAAUCUUUUUCAUCUUCCUUAUUUUUUUUANCAAGCUUUCAAUAUUCUUUAAAUUCAUCAUUAAUUUUUAUAAUUUUAAUUAAUUUAGCAAUUUUAAUUAAAUUAGCUAUAAUUCCUUUUCAUUUUUGAAUUAUAAUAAUUGCUAACUCCUUAAACUUUAAUGCAUUAUUUAUUUUAUUAUCAUUCCAAAAAUUAUUNCCUUUAUUUAUUAUUUCAAAAUUUUUCUAUGCUCCACUAAUUAUACUUAUUAUUAUCUCAACUCUUUUAAGCUCUAUAGCAGCUUUAAACUUAAAACAAAUUAAUAAAUUAUUAAUUUUAUCUUCAAUUUCUCAUCAAGGAUGAAUAAUAUGUUUAAUUUUUAAAAAAAUUAACUUUUGAAUUAUUUAUUUAAUUAUUUACUCAAUAAUCAUUUAUUCAAUUAUUAAAACAUCUGCUAAAUAUAAAUUAAAUUUAAUAGAAAACAACAUUUUAUCAAAAAUAAACACAGACGAAAAAUUAUCUUUUAUUAGAAAUUUUUNAUCAUUAGGUGGUAUACCUCCAUUCUUAGGAUUCUUUGCUAAAAUUAUAUCUAUUUAUAUAUUAAUAAAAUCUAGUUUUACAUUAAUUGUAUUUCUUAUUAUUUCCUCCUUAAUUAANCUUUUUUUUUAUUUAAAAAUUCUAACACCUCUUUUCUUUUUUUUUAUUAAAUUUUUAAAAAACUCAAAAAUUAAUUUUCACAGAAAANCAAUUUUUAUUAACUUGAAUUAUAUAUUAUUAAUUUUCUUAAUUAAUUUUAUUCUUUAUUAA